AGAAUUCGAGACUCAUCUUUGCGCUUGGGGCAAUGACGCAGCUCAUGAGGUUCUAACCGAGGCGCGUCUAUUGCUGGUUGAAAACUAUUUCCAAACCCCCUCAUUGGCCUGGGUUUGGCUCAGGCCAUUGAGAAUUUCUGGAAGGGCUCCCUUAGGGGUAAAGCUCUCCAAUCUAAGUGAAAUUUCUUCAAAGCUGAAAUUAAUUGAUGAAGUGUAAUUUUACGUGUCACGAACAGUGUCCACUUGUCAACCCUUAGAUCUAAAUUUCGGUAGGCUUUACUGCGUGAGAAAACGCUCCCCCGUUUUAUAUGUAUUACCCUAGGCUUUGAGUUAUUUCAAGACUGACAGUGAAACAGCUAGUCAAAUGGCGCGAAAGACAACUAAAAAUGAAAUGCGGUCUCCUGAUCCAAACGGAAUUUUCUCUGGAAUGGUCGUCGUCUUGGUCGAAAACGGGGUUCAGUCACGCCGGUUACAGAUCUGGAAGCAAAAGUUGGUACAGAUGGGAGCUACUAUUGAGACUCGCCUGUCAAAAAAGGUGACUCAUGUUUUUGCUAUGAAUUCAAACGCGCUUCUCCAGCAAAUGGACAAAGAACGGUUACAACGAUUCAGAGGAAAAGUGCUCCUUUAUCAGUGGCUAGAGGACAGUUUAAGAUUAGGAGAGAAGGUAUCUGAGGAUCCAUACCAUGUGGAAGUUCAUCUGGAGGAAAAAAGCGAUCAAAGCAAGCCUCUGGUAAGGAAAUCAACCAAUGGAAACACUUCUAGUAGUAAUGAAUCAUCACCUCAGAAAAAGAUCAAGUCUUCUCUCGAGGAUGCCAAAAAUUUCAAAGCAGAUGCUAGGGCAUAUGCAGAAAAUAAUGCUGUAGAUGUUGCACCCAAUAGUCCGAGAAGUUCUGAUGGCUCACCCCUCACCUUGAGCCCUACAAGUUCUAGUCCAAAGACUUCUAGCAGUCCAAGCAAAUAUUCAUCAUUGGCAUACUGUCCACCUGAUCUAAACAGGAACAUCACAGAAAUUUUUGGGAAACUAAUCAAUGUAUACAGGGCGUUGGGUGAUGAUCGAAGGUCAUUUAGCUAUUACAAGGCUAUUUCAGUUAUUGAGAAGUUGCCAUUCAAAAUUGAAAGUGCAGAUCAGGUCAAAGAUCUACCUGGGAUUGGAAAAUCACUGCAGGAUCAUAUACAGGAGAUAGUGACUACUGGCAAGUUGUCCAAGUUGGAACAUUUUGAAACAGAUGAAAAGGUGCGGACAAUUACUUUAUUUGGGGAAGUUUGGGGUGUCGGUCCAGCCACUGCCUUAAAGUUGUAUGAGAAAGGACAUCGCAUCCUAGAUGAUCUUAAAAAUGAUGACUCAUUAACGCAUUCACAGAAGUUAGGCGUGAAAUAUUUUGAUGAUAUCAAGACAAGGAUUCCGCGAAAUGAGGUUCGAGAAAUGGAACAACUUCUGCAAAAAUCUGGUGAAGAAAUAUUGCCUGGGGUGGUUAUCAUAUGUGGAGGAUCUUUUAGACGUGGAAAGGCAUCUUGUGGGGAUUUGGAUGUGGUAAUUACACACCCUGAUGGGAUAAGUCAUAAAGGUUUCUUACCAAGAUACGUUAAGAAAUUGAAGGAUAUGAAGUUCUUAAGAGAGGACUUGGUAUUUAGUGUUCACAGUGAACAGGGCACUGACUCUGGUGUUGACACAUAUUUUGGUCUUUGUACAUAUCCCGGACGGGAAAUGCGACAUCGAAUAGAUUUCAAGGUGUAUCCGAGGGACAUAUAUGCAUUUGGUUUGAUAGCGUGGACUGGGAAUGAUGUAUUAAACAGGAGGUUAAGAUUGUUAGCAGAAUCCAAAGGAUACAGGCUGGAUGACACUGGGCUAUUUCCAGCUAUUUCAGGUGGCAAACGGGGUGCAAAAGCUACUGCAAGCCUGAGGUUUGACACUGAAAAAGAGGUCUUUGAUUUCCUGGGGUUCCCCUGGCUUGAACCUCAUGAAAGGAACCUCUGAGAUGUAUAUAUAGUCUGUACAUAUUUGUUUUUACAUAUCAACGAAUCUAGGAGGGACCAAAAAGCUCUACCUUGCACUAAGUACAACCAGGAUCAGUUUCGGCUCAAAUUAAUGGUUUUUUACCAUGGAAAGCAAUCCUGAGAUUCUCUUCGAGCUUUUAGUCCUUCUAACAUGUGCUGUAGCUCCAAAUUAUGCAUCUUUUGUUGAUUAUAGUCUAAUGUAUAUAGCUUUUGAAUUACGAAGUUCUGUAAAUGAAUCUUUUUUAGUAAAAUGCAAAUCAAGUUAUAGGACAAUCUAUUCAGUGA